GGCCUACGGGGUUCCGGCGCGGCCCGGAUGCGUGGUGCUGCGCCGGGGCCGCGGUUUCCACGUGUGGCUGAGGGAGGCGGGCAGCCGGGAUGUCGGUGUCGGUGGCCGCGGGCAACCUGCCCAUGCGGCUGCUUCGCAAGAAGAUCCACAAAAGGAACCUGAAGCUGCGGCAGCGCAACCUGAAGCUGCGGGCGGCCGAGCAAGAAGGCCAGGCCUCGUUGGGCCCCCCGGAGGAGAACGAGGAGGUGAAGGAGGCGGCGGCCCCCGAGGUGGAGGCACUGACAGAGGCGGGCGGGGAGGAAGCGCCGGGCCCCGAGGCCGCUGGGGCAAAGAGGAGGAAGAAGAAGAAGAGGAAGGCUGCAGCUGGCCCCGAGGGAGGUACUGAAACUAAAAAAGCAAAAGCUGAGGAAGACGUGUCUGUGGAGGCAGAAGAUGAAGAAGGGCAGGAUUCUGGAGAGAAAGAAGUGGAAGAGGAGGAUGAGGUGCCCAGUUUGCCUCUGGGUCUAACAGGUGCCUUCGAAGACAAUUCUUUUACUUCCCUUGCUGGUCUUGUCAGUGAGAAUACAUUGAAAGGCAUUAGUGACAUGGGCUUUACACACAUGACAGAAAUUCAGCAUAAAAGCAUUAAACCUCUUCUGGAAGGCAGGGAUAUUUUAGCAGCUGCCAAAACAGGCAGCGGCAAAACUCUUGCAUUUCUCAUUCCUGCAGUAGAGCUCAUCUACAAGUUAAAAUUCAUGCCCAGAAAUGGGACAGGUGUUAUUAUUCUUUCACCUACUCGAGAGCUUGCCAUGCAAACGUAUGGAGUUCUUAAGGAGCUUAUGAAUCAUCACGUUCACACGUAUGGUCUGAUAAUGGGGGGCAGUAACAGAUCAGCAGAAGCUCAGAAACUUGGAAAUGGAAUCAACAUCAUUGUAGCAACACCAGGAAGGCUUCUGGAUCAUAUGCAGAACACUCCAGGUUUCAUGUACAAGAACUUGCAGUGUUUGGUAAUUGAUGAGGCGGAUCGUAUCUUGGAGGUUGGAUUUGAAGAAGAAAUGAAACAGAUCAUAAAACUUCUACCAAAGCGCAGACAGACGAUGCUUUUUUCUGCUACACAAACCAGAAAGGUGGAAGAUCUAGCAAAGAUCUCUCUGAAGAAAGAACCUCUGUACGUAGGAGUUGAUGAUAACAAGGAGACAGCGACGGUAGAUGGUCUUGAACAGGGCUACGUAGUGUGUCCAUCCGAAAAAAGAUUCCUUUUGCUCUUUACAUUCCUUAAGAAGAACCGGAAGAAGAAACUAAUGGUAUUUUUUUCUUCGUGCAUGUCAGUGAAGUACCACUAUGAAUUACUCAACUACAUUGAUCUGCCUGUUUUGGCCAUUCAUGGCAAGCAGAAACAAACAAAACGUACUACUACAUUUUUCCAGUUCUGUAAUGCAGAAUCUGGAAUCCUGUUGUGCACUGAUGUAGCUGCCAGGGGGCUGGAUAUUCCUGAGGUGGACUGGAUUGUCCAGUAUGACCCUCCAGAUGAUCCAAAAGAGUAUAUUCAUCGUGUUGGCAGAACUGCCAGAGGCAUAAAUGGUAGAGGACAUGCUCUGCUCAUUUUGCGUCCGGAAGAACUGGGCUUUCUUCGUUACCUAAAACAAGCCAGGGUACCACUCAGUGAAUUUGAAUUUUCCUGGUCGAAGAUUUCAGAUAUCCAGUCUCAGCUGGAGAAACUGAUUGAGAAGAACUACUUCCUUCACAAGUCAGCCCAGGAAGCAUACAAAGCUUACAUUAGAGCUUAUGACUCCCAUUCUCUGAAGCAGAUCUAUAACGUCGGUAACCUGGAUCUUAACAAAGUCAGCCUCUCAUUUGGCUUUAAAGUCCCUCCCUAUGUUGACCUCAAUGUGAACAGCAACCAAGGCAGAAGACUACAGAAAAGAGGUGGAGGUGGAGGAUUUGGUUACCAGAAACCAAAGAGCGUCCACAAAGCUAAAAUCUUCAAGCACAUUAGCAAGAAAUCAGACAAUCGACAAUUUUCUCGUUAAUCGUGCAUUCACUAAAAUAGCUUUUUUCAUUGGAGUUGACUGCCUUGAUCAAAACUGCCUGGCAGUUACUUCCAUUUUAAAUUUCUCUGUUGACACUGUAGGGAAAUAAAAGCUUUUGUUUGAGAACUUCUUAAUCUUUCAUUUCAGGACAACUCUUUGGAAAAGAGAAUACAGAUAGAUAGCCAAACUUGUUGUAAAGAAGAAGAUGGAUGAAUGUAAUUAUUUUGAGUCAAUAUUACAGAUUUAUUAAAGAAAAAAUAUUUUCAGCUUUUUAUAGAAAAAUUUGUUUUACAUAUACCCUUUUUACAUAGACGCCUGGAAGUUGUUGGAGUAGACAGAAUGCAGGGACUGAUCCCAAUGUGAGAUGACUUGCAUAGCAAGAGACUUCAGUAUACUAAGAAAUGCAGUUCAUAGGUGCCUGAAAAUAUCUUUACAGUGUAAAAAAUAAAAGGAUUUUUGUUCACAAGAAUCAUUGCAGGGGGUUUUAGUGGUGCAGAAUUCAUUGUCCAUCAGACAUGGUGAAGAGUAUGUUCUGUUCCCAAAGAAUCACUGUAUGUUUUUGAAUUUAAUUAUGACUAAGCUCAUAAUUAUUUUAAAUCACAGUAUCUGGAUAGGAAAUAGUGUCCAAGAUAAAAAACCUAGCAACCUCUUAUACCACAUCUGAGACAUGCUUAGAAUUAUUCUUUAGUAUUAUGAUAAAACAGUAACAUUCCAGUGAAUUAUUUGGUUUUCCUCUGUGGUCUGUUAAAAUCUGGGUUUAUGUCUAGUGUAUCUCUUGUGAAUAGAGGAAAGAAAAUUAAGAAAAGCAGAUGGCAUGAUUUGAAGGACUCAGCCCAGAUUCAGUGAUGGGAGGGGUGCUGGGCUUUUUUUUGCUUGUUUGCUUUGCUGUUAUUUGUUCACAUUAUUUUCAAGUCUCUACCAUUGUAGAAGUGGAUAAUUUAUGAGGCUACAGUAGUGGUGGGGAGUAGUAUUUCAAAAAUGUACAUCCAUCAAUGCAAGGAAGGACUACACUGUCACAGAGUGUGGGUAUUUAGGAAUCCGGGCCCUACAUGAUUACAGUGAAACGUGCUGUAUUACUUUUUUCUGUAUUAUCUAGAAGACAAGCCAGAACCUCUUAUGACAUAAAAAAACCAACAUUUGUAAUUAUUCCAUUAUGAAGUGAACCCUUAGAUCUUUUGAAGUAGUAUAUUAGAUUUAUCUCGAUGUGCGCAUUGAAGUAUUGUAGAAACAAGUGGCAGCCUCUCUUCUCCAUAGAGGAACCAGCUCAUUUAGGAGGGGAAGAGCCAUGACCAUUAUGUCACUGGUCUUUACAGCACUCAGACCUCAGUGUUGCUUUUUUUUUCCCCUUUUACAUGAAAAAGCUUUUAGCCCUACUGAAAAAUUUUCAAGGGCUAUUAGUAUUAGUUGGAUACUAAGAACUUCAAAUACUGAAAUUCUUGUAACUGCAGUUUGCAUGUCUCAUGCUUCCAGAAUUAAAAGAAGCUGCACUGUAGGGUAAGCAAUUAUAAUUGGGCACGUGAUACCUAACUCAUGGAGAUCUAAUCUUUGAUUCUAGUUUUGAUAACAUUUAUAAGUAAUAGAGGUCAAGAUAGCUCUUCAUGUGUAUUUCUUAAUGCCACGUUUUAAGAAUUAUCUGAGAUGUACAGCAUCAUACAGUUGAAGGGUUAUGACUACCUUUGCAAUUACGGUAUGGGAAUUAACAUACAUUACAAUGACAUUAACUCUGAGGGACUCAUUAGAUGAACUGCAACAUCAAUUACUUUGGGAAGAGAUGUAAGUAAAGUUGCAGUAAAUCACUGUAAAGAUCAAAGUGCUUGUGGCUCACACAAGUAGUGUGAUUAAAGAAUGGAGUUUGUGACAGAGCAAAGCUGAGAUGAUGGGCAGACAGAACUGACCGGGCUUAAAGCAUGUCAGAAUUCCUGCCACUCUCAAAGUAGGCAAAGACCUACUUUGCAGAGAAUUGUCUUUUAAUGUCAUUCCUAGUCAUCUGGGGAGUGGAAGGCUGCUUUCCAGACAGCUAGACAACCUCUAGCUCCACCUACCUUUUUUCUGGGUGAGCUGAGGCACUGUCACUUUCUGAAGCCUGACGUUCAAACUGAAAGUAUGGGUUUGGCAUGAGACUGCCCAACUUCUCCCAGCUAUUUUUCCUGUGUAUUUUCUUGUAUGUUGUUAUACAAAGUAGUCUUUCAGAUAAUCUCAACUGGGAGAUUAGAAUACUGGAUGGCAUUGCUCCAGCUUACCCUAAUUAAGUUUUUUUAAUUAAUGCAUUCUGGAUGCAUGACCACUGCACAUACUGAAACAACUGUACUGUCUGUUGUUUCUCACUGUAAUUUCCCAAUUAAGCCAAAGCAAACAUCCUGAGUUAAGUAAGGGAAGAGAACUGCUUCAGCUUCCUGGCUUGUGCAGAUACUAUUACCUUUCUCUUUCUUUAUAGAAUCAUAAAUGAAAAAUAGUUUCUACAUAUCUGUGUGCAUCAAGCAGCAUCUGUUCUGCUGCAGUAUUGCAAGAAGUUUAAGAGAUUGUCAAACUGAUUGGAAAUCUAACGUUUCCUUUGCAACUUAGCCUGUUAUCAAUCUUGUGAGCAGUUAAUAGACCUCAGCCAUCAGACUCUCAAGGCUUGGCUCAUAACAGUGACUGAUAGGUUGGGGACUAAUAUCGUAUGCCUUGAGAAAUUGCCUUCUCUCUCUGAGAACCUUGACAAAGAAAUUGGACUCUUUAAACCACUUUAAAAGGGUGAUCAAAUCUGUCCUGCUUGAGCUGAAAGAUUUUUUUGACAGUUCUCAGAAGUGGCCCAUAAAGGAGAAUCCCAUUGCCAAGCUACUGCUCAUAAUCAUGAGAAAUCUUGUCAUGUUACAGGUUUCUUAUUCCAUAAUGCUGCUGAGUUACAGACAGGCACAAGACCAGUUAGGAAGAGUUGCCAAUCAGAUGUUUUGGGGUGAAUAUCACACAUAGAGGACACAUUUAUUGAUAGCGUAGAACAAGAACACUUGAGAACUAGUUAUUAUCUACUUAUAUCUGCUGUAAAUAAGAAAUAUGUUCAUAUAUUGGCAGUAAUUAACUUUUUUGUUUCAUGUAUCAGAGCAACCCAUGCUUUAGGUACCCUAAUUAUUUGUUUUCAAGCUAGCGAUGGAAGGAAGCUCUCACAAGAGAAAUGAAAAGUAUAGACAACGCGAAAUUAAACAAUAACAUUUGAGCAGAGGCAUUUAACUUCUGGCCACUGUAAAAGAAGGCAGAGUACUGACAAACUACAGCUUGUAUUUGUUCCACUGUUGUCUUGUUUAUGAGAUAGUUAAUUUGACCUGGAGGGGAUUUUAUAGAAAUCUAAAACCCUAAUAACUAGAAAAGAGCCUAUUAUUGGUCAUUAGGUGGUGUUUUCUGAAACUGAAAUAACAAUGCUGAAAGAAGCCUGGAAUCAGUUGGUUAAAGAUGCAAAAUAAAAUCUAUCUCUGCUCUUUA